CGAGGGAUAGCCCUGGGCCGUGAGUGGUAACAGUGCCGUGCGAAAAGGGCCGGGCUGUUACAUUAUUGUUCUUCUUGGGAAAAUAAAUAUACAUCAUGAUUCUUUGUGUUCAAAUGAGAAAUUACUAAAUUACUAAAUUACUAAAUUACUAAUGUGUUUGGUGAAUAAUUCAUCAAUGGCAUGGCUAAAAGGAAAUAUUUGCGGAGAAUAUAGGUAGUUUUUUUUUUUUUUUUUUUUAAGGGUGUGGAUGAGGGAUGUCUUCUCUUACCAACAAGGGUGGCAUUUAUGAGGAUGUAAUAAAAGGGUUUGAAGAAAAAUUCAAGACUUUAAGUUGGAACUUUCUAUUGGUACGAUUAAUGAAGGGGACAUUACUUUCUUGAUCAACAGAUGCAGCGGUGUACAAAUUACCUGAAAAAUACUAUGCUCUUAGCUGAUAUUUUUUUACCAUUCCUUUUAACAGGAAUUUAGUUUUCAAGAUUAUAUAUGAAUUGGAAUUUCUUGGCCAUCUCUGGACCCUUGAAAUUUUUCUUUAGUAGGCAUGACUUCUUUCAGAAAAGCAAAAGGAAAAAAGCUUCAAUCUCCAAUCAAGAUUUUGAGCUGAUAAUGAAUCCUGAAGCUCGUGCUGAUGUUUUUAUGUUUUUGAUUGCCAUGAUUUCUGAAACAGGCAUGAGGCAUCUGCAAGGGAAAGGUGAAGGAAAAGACCCACUUGAGCCAAAUGUAAAAUUGGGAGAGCAGUGAGAAAUAAUGGAAAGGGGAAUUUAUUCAAGGAAAAUGUUUCUGCUGAUGUGGGGCUUUCGUAUCAAAAGAGGAUUGUUUGCAUGUGUAGGAGUCUGCCAGGGGAUAAACACACUGCUAAAUAGUAAUCCUCUACUGUGUACAACUCUCCUGCCACUGCCAAAUUUACAAUACAAGAAUAGUUCCCUUCCAGGGAAUUAAAUGCAACCCAACUAUAUCAAUGCCUUGUUCUCCCCAUUCCUAUUGCCCAGCAGUUCUAUUUGAUUUGCAAAUCCAAUCGAAAUUAACUCAAUUUCCCACAAUUCGAAAGCCGUUUUGAUUUUUUUUUUUUUUUACUGUUUCAAUUGGUAUUACUCAAAUACCCUCGACCAAAAAUUUCUGCUUAGAAGCUACAUGAUAAAAAUUAACAUCAUUGGAGUUUGGACUAAUAUCUAGAUUAACCGUUGGGUUACCCAAAAAGUUCCAAUUGCAGCGUCACAGAGAUUAGCUCAACUCACUAAAUUUGCCACCUUCCAUCCGUCCCUCGGUUUUAAAUUACAUGAAAAUUCAAUUUAAUGGAUUUUUUUAAUUAAUUCUUUUAUUUUGAUUGAAAUAAUUUAAUUUUUUUAAAUUUAAAAAAUCAAUUUAAAAGAAAUUAAAUUAUAAAAAGUUCCAUUUGUGUUGUAAUUGCUAUGCGUGACUGACUAUUCUGUGUUGAUAAAUAUAGAAUAUAUGUCCUGUGCUUAACACUUUAAUCCUGCUUUCACAGGUCAAAGAUCUAGGACUGCUUACCUCUCCAUAACUAUGGUUGGAGUUUCUGAUUAAUCCUAUGAUUUUUCUCAUCAUACUAAAAAGGUGGAUUAAGCUUCACACUGAUUAAGCAAAGAAAUGAAUGAUUAAGGAAUUGAAUCAUCUAAAUAAUGGGUAAAAUACUCCAAACAAACGACUAAUCACUCAGAAUUGAACCCUCGACCAAAGACGGUAGAACGGUGGAAACUAGCCAGGGUUCCAGUUGUAUGAGCAUGGCAAGGAUUCCUCAUUUACUCAAUUUCCCAGAUUGAAAAAGGUCAAAUAGUGAGUGGAGGGUCCUGGGGGCUUCAGGUCUGAGGUGAGGAAACAGAAAAAAGUAAAAGAGUUAGUAGCAGUAAAAGCUCAAAACCGUACAAUCUUCUCAGUGCAAGCAGCAGGCAUUGGCUUCAGCCACCAACUCCUCUUAAAUACUUUUCAUAUUUUCUUUCAUUUUUGACAGUCUUUUUAAUGCACUCUUCUCUUUAGUUUAUGGGUUUCCGUAGAAGUGUCAGAGACAACAGCUGCCACAGAGGCAGCUCAGCUGCAGCUACAGACGCAACAGAGAGGAUUUCUUCUUCUUCUUCUUCUUCUUCUAAGAUGAUGAGUGGGACAAACAAAUUUCCAUUCACUGCAUCACAGUGGCAAGAACUAGAACAUCAAGCACUAAUCUUCAAGUAUAUGGUCUCUGGCAUUCCCAUUCCAUCUGAUCUCCUCUUCACCAUAAAGAGAAGCUGCCUAGACUCUCCAUUCUCUUCAAAACUCUUUCCCCGUCAGAAUUCACAUGUUGGGUGGAGCUGUUUCCAGAUGGGUCUUGGGAGGAAAAUAGACCCAGAGCCAGGGAGAUGCAGGAGAACAGAUGGAAAGAAAUGGAGGUGCUCAAAAGAGGCAUACCCAGAUUCCAAGUACUGUGAGAGACACAUGCACAGAGGCAAAAAUCGUUCAAGAAAGCCUGUGGAAAUUGCAACACAAACAGCGACAGUGAACCCAUCAAUAACGCCAACAGUCUCAUCAAUCACCAAGAGCCACUCUACUCUAUCAACCCCACCUUCCCAUUCUCUUUCUUUAUUGUCAUCUGAGUCCCACCAAAAUCACCUUCAUCAAUCUGGCUACCAUUCCCAUCUCAACCAUCACUUUUUGUCUUCACAUGCUGCUUCAAGACCUCCAGGAAAUUUUCUUUCACCAGAUGAGAAAUCUACUCCAUUGCUUUUCAACUCUGGUGGUUCUUGUUCCCUGAGUAACACAGACUACAGAAACAAGAGUGCUUAUGGGCUGAAAGAGGAGGUUGAUGAGCAUGUUUUCUUCUCAGAACCCUCAGGUUCUAUGAGAAAUUUAUCUGGAUCAUCUUUGGAUAAUGCUUGGCAAUUCACUCCAUUAACAAUAAGCUCAUCCUCUACUUCAUCUUCUUCAAACCAGAGGAGUGUGUCUAAUUUACAUAAUGAGUAUGCUUACUUACAGCUUCAUAGCUUAAGUGAUCAUGGUGACCCAAAACAACAAAAGCAGUAUCAACAAAGUUAUCUUCUGGGAAGUGAUAUGAAAUGCGUUUUACCCACGAAAAUUGAGAAAGAAGAGCCACAAAAGACUGUCCAUCAUUUCUUUGACGAGUGGCCGCCAAAGAACAAAGCUUCAUGGCUUGGUUUGGAUGAUAAAUCACCAAAUAGCACAUCAGUAUCAACAACCAGACUCUCAAUCUCCAUUCCCUCCUCUUCUCAUGACUUCCCCAUAUUCAAUUCAAGAACACAUGAUGAUGGUUGAGUUUUCAGCUUUCGGUUUCCCCAAAGACGACCAAGGAUGUACUUGCUUAGUGAGUUAGCUUCUUUUUGUUAGUUUAAGAACUAAUCCUUUUUUUUUUCAAUUUGUUGCUUUUUCUAAUAUGUGGUUGGAAUUGAAUUGCGUAUUUUUAAUGAUGUUUCCAAAGUCUUC